UCCCCGCCCGGCGGAGAGGGGUCGGGGGAGGGGGCAGCAUGGCCUGUCCGUCCGGCCCCUUUUCGAGCGCUCAUCUGCCCCGGGAGUGCGGCGCCGCUCCUCGCAGGGAGAAGAGGUCCGAAUGGAGACAGACGGCAGCCAGCCCGGCCUCGCCUCCCCGGACUCCCCGCACGACCCCUGCAAAAUGUUCAUCGGGGGACUGAGCUGGCAGACCACGCAAGAGGGCUUGCGGGAGUACUUCAGCCAGUUCGGCGAGGUGAAGGAGUGCCUGGUGAUGCGGGACCCGCUGACAAAGAGAUCCAGGGGCUUCGGGUUCGUCACGUUCAUGGACCAGGCUGGCGUCGACAAGGUCCUGGCCCAAUCCAGACAUGAACUGGACUCCAAAACGAUUGAUCCGAAGGUAGCAUUCCCCCGCCGAGCACAGCCCAAGAUGGUGACCCGAACAAAGAAGAUAUUUGUGGGUGGUCUGUCUGUGAACACUACUGUGGAGGAUGUGAAGCAGUAUUUCGAGCAGUUUGGGAAGGUGGACGAUGCGAUGCUGAUGUUCGACAAGACAACCAACAGACACCGAGGUUUUGGGUUUGUCACCUUUGAAAGUGAAGACAUUGUGGAAAAAGUGUGUGAAAUCCACUUCCAUGAGAUCAACAACAAAAUGGUGGAGUGUAAAAAAGCCCAGCCGAAGGAGGUGAUGUCCCCAACGGGCUCAGCACGAGGGCGGUCCCGAGUCAUGCCUUACGGGAUGGAUGCCUUCAUGCUGGGGAUCGGCAUGCUGGGUUAUCCGGGCUUCCAAGCUGCUACUUACGCGAGUCGAAGUUACACUGGCAUUGCACCUGGCUACACUUACCAGUUCCCUGAGUUCCGUGUAGAGCGGACCCCUCUCCCGAGUGCCCCCGUCCUCCCUGAGCUCACAGCAAUCCCCCUCACUGCCUAUGGACCGAUGGCAGCAGCAGCGGCUGCGGCGGCCGUGGUGCGAGGGACAGGUUCCACCCCCAGUCGCACCGGUGGAUUUCUGGGCACCACCAGCCCUGGCCCGAUGGCAGAGCUUUAUGGAGCUGCCAACCAGGACUCAGGGGUCAGCAGUUACAUCAGCGCUGCCAGCCCGGCCCCCAGCACCGGCUUUGGCCACAGCCUAGGGGGUCCCUUGAUUGCAACAGCUUUUACCAAUGGGUAUCACUGAAGCUGAGGGACAAGGAGGCAGGAG